AUGGUAAUCAUUCAUUCGAGUGGAUGUUUUCCAACCAUCGAUAAAGAUUUUCUUUCUCCCGGCGACUAUUCAUUUGGUCAAACAUCCUACGAAUAUCCCAUAGUAAAUGAUCACGAGUUAACGCCAACAUCCAACAAUUUAACAACACAAAUUCGUGGCGAAGUGUUUUAUCCUAAUACGACUAAGAAAAAUGUGAACACAUCUUAUCCGAUAUUGAUAUUUCUUCCCGGCAAACAUCCUGAUUGUCGAAUUCAAGUCCCCCCCGGAUAUCCAUUGCUUGAUAUUGGCUCCGCAGAUGUUCAAGGAAACUGUCCCGAACAUACGUCAAAAGUACCAAGUCAUUUAGGAUUUUCGUAUAUAGGAAGACAUUUGGCUUCAUACGGAUACAUUGUUGUUUCGAUUGAUGUGCUUCUAAUUAAUAAUAAAUGGUCAAUAUUAAAUGAUUCGGCGUUAAAUUUUGUUCGCGCUCGAAUUGUAUUCCGAACGAUCGAGAAAAUGAUGGAAUGGAAUAGCGAUUCUCAAGUGUCAAAAGAGAUUCUUCACGGAAUUGACUUGUCAGACCAGUUCGAUUUCACGGAAAUUGGUUUAAUGGGACAUUCACGCGGUGGUGAAGGCGUGAGAAAUGCUUAUAACAUGUUAAUGGAAGGCAAAGGCGCAUCUGAUGCACUUCGAUGGAAAAGUAAAUUACCCAAUGUUCGUUUCAAAGCCAUUUUAGAAAUCACUCCAAUGUACUAUGGAGAAAACGGUAUAAGAUUAGGUGUUGAAAACAUUCCCUGGGCAAUGAUUGUUGCCGGUUGUGAAGAUGAUGAAAUUGAUUAUCUUCAUGUCAAUCUAGCUUAUCGACAAAGACAAAUCUCUAAACAGGCGAACUAUGUCUUUCAUGUCUAUGGUGCAAACCAUGAGUAUUUCAAUACGGAGUGGCAAGUUGGCUUUUCAGCGUGUUUCGGCGAUCAAGAUCCAUUGUGGGAUGUAAACGCAAGUGCAUUUCGCGUUAGUGAUAUUUAUCCUCCAGCGAAAAAUACGUCGUAUGAUGUCACACUUCUAAAAGUCAAUGGAUCAGAAACUCAGCGGAACGCAACAACUUUUAUACUUUCAAUCUUUUUUCUAUCAUAUGUGGGUCAAACGGCCAAUCCGAAGUUAGCGGAGAGUUUUCAACUUUCACGACCGUCUUCGGAAAGUUUUCCAGAGAUUGGAUGGGAACACUUCAACAAUAACGAAUCUAUUGUUAUAUUCGAUGGCACUAGAACAGUUGAAGGAAACGAUCGAGCUGAGAUCAUGCUAUUGAAGGAUUAUGCAAAACGGGAAUUUCCAUUAUUUGUUUCUGCUUACAAAAACUCGAAUGAUACUCCACCACAAUUUCAACACCACAUUCCCAAUAAGGACCAAUUAGAACUCAAUUGUCUUGACCAAAUCGAAAAUGCUUUACACAUCCAUUUUCUCGAUGGUUCUUCAGGAGAAAUUUCUCUAAAAUUCAAUUCAUCAGAAAGGAUUCAAUGGCUUGAUGUUCAUCUAGCGCGUCGAAGUUCAUGUUGGUUUAAUUCAACGGAUCCAAUGAAAUGUUCGCAACCGAGAAUAAUGCAAUUACAGCUUCAAAUUCAAACUCCAACUCGCUUCUAUCCACCAGUGAAAGUUGUAUUGAAAAGUCGUUUUAAUUUAGAAUUCGUUCGUUGUAAUGCCAUGGAUCUUUCCAAAGAACAAAUUUCGUUUCUACCAGUGAUGUUUGAAACAACAAGAAUUCUGUUAACAAAGCCAGAACAAAUUCUUCAGUUGAAAAUCAGUUCAUUAAAUGCCGGUUCGUUCAUUCUAGGCGACAUUCGAGCGACGCCUUCAUCAAUACCAACAUCAAUAGCGUCACAUCUUUCCAUUUCAAUUUUUAUCUGUAUUCUUUUUAUGCUCAUUCAUAUGUUAUCAGUGUAUACAAACUAUAAUGGCAUAGCUAAUUGA